CUUCAAACCCACCUCACAAGAGUUUGAACGCAACAUUCCAACGCGACCGAAAAUCUAAAUACCCAUUCAUAUAAUACUAUGUCGAUGGAUCCUGCGAGUUGACAUAUAAAUACACAUUCAAUUAACUACCUCUUGGAUGCAUUCACAACCUCUCAUGCUAAACAUGUCCCUCCACAGGCUCAUUUUCACACCCCUUUUGGUUCUAUUCAUCAUGAGUAUGGUUAUGGUCCAUUCUCAUGCACAUGUUGAGUCUUCUAAUUGGAAAUAUGCACCAAACACAGCAAGUGUUAGAGCUGCGUAUUGGCCUGCGGGUGAUGACCUUUCACCCUCUUCCAUCGACACAAAAUACUUCACUCACAUCUACUACGCCUUCAUCCAACAACACCCACAAUUCUUCUACCUUAAUGUCACCGAAUUCCACAAAAAAUGGAUUCCUCGGUUCAUCAACGGGCUCCGCUACCGUCCCCCGCCUGUGAAAACGCUCUUGUCUAUUGGCGGAGGUGGCAGCAACUCCACCGCUUUCUCCCUCAUGGCUACCGACAAACGCACCCGCCAAGUUUUCAUUAACUCCACCAUCCACGUGGCGCGCCGUUACGGGUUCAACGGUCUUGAUUUGGAUUGGGAGUUCCCGGAUAAUGAAGCUGACAUGUCCAACCUUGGUGCCUUGUUUCAAGAGUGGCACCAAGCCUUGGUGGUGGAAGCUAAAGUCAGUAAAAAACCGCGACUGUUUUUAACAGCCGCGGUUUAUUAUGCUUCUACCAUCAAACUUAUUGGUAAUGGGCCGAGAUCGUAUCCGGCCCAAGCCAUUAAGGACUACUUAGAUUGGGCUAGUCCAAUGUGUUUUGACUACAAUGGGGCAUGGGCUAAUUUCACGGGCUUCAAUGCUGCAUUGGAUGAUCCAAAGUCCAAUGUAAGUACCCGUUAUGGGAUCGGGUCUUGGAUCGGGUCGGGUGUGCCGGCCGGAAAGUUGGUUAUGGGUUUACCGUUAUACGGCCGGACAUGGGCACUGAAAGACCCGAAUGUUCAUGGGGUUGGAGCAGAAGCGGUUGGGGCUGCCACUGAUACUGAUGGCACCUUGGACUAUGAUGAAAUUUUGGUGUUUAACAAAGAGAAUGGUGCCACUAUUGUGUAUGAUGAUGUAGCUGUGUCUUUCUACUCUUAUGCGGGUACUACUUGGAUCGGGUAUGAUGAUGGACCAUCCAUAACAAAGAAGGUUCAGUUUGCUAAGUCAUUGGGCUUGAAGGGCUAUUUCUUUUGGGCUGUUGGGAAGGAUAAGGAUUGGACCAUCUCAAGACAAGCUUCGAAUGCAUGGGGACAUUGAGGGCUAAACAGAGUUCAUUUUUAUUCAUAUUGUUUUGAGUAGCUACAAUUUUACAUAAAGUCAGAAUUUCAUGUCAUCCUCAAACCUUAGUAUUUGAUAUAAAAGAAAAAAAAAAAAAACCUUGUAUUCGGAGUAAUUGUG